UCCCCCCCCCCCGGGACGGGGGGGGCUGGACCCUGAACCAAAAAAAACCCUCAGCCACGUCCCCAUCUCCCCCCCCCCCGCCCUUUCCGUGAACGGAGCCCCUCCUGCCCGGGGUAGCGGCUGGUGGAUGGGCAGCCAGCCUGCUCCCGUCCUUCCCCAUCCCUGCGUGCGGCUAGGGGCAGGAGUCGGGGCUUAGCGUCCGCCGCCCCGCACCCCCUGGGCACCUUGCCAGAUACUGAUUUUGGUUAACCAACGCAUGCAGCAGAGCUUUGUACAAGCACUCUGAACAAAGGAGAAGAGUGAAGAGACUCUGAAAACCAUCUUUCAUAUUCUGAAUGUCCAAGAGUUUCAACCUCAACUUUAAUUUGUACUUUUUUUUUUUCUUGAUACUGAUUUAUAUAAUCAGUCUUUUGCUAUUUUAAGGGGCUAGGCAGCUGAACUUACUAGCAAACCAAUAUGGCUAGGAUUAAAUUGGUUUUAAUAGCUUGCCUGUUGGUGCUAGAAUUGCUAAUGAAUUCAGUAACUGAGCCUUCUCUACAGAAUAAUGAAUGUCCACAGCUUUGUGUAUGUGAAAUCAGGCCAUGGUUUACACCACAGUCGACCUACAGAGAAGCUACAACAGUUGACUGCAAUGACCUUCGUUUAACAAAAAUCCCCAGCAAUCUUUCCAGUGACACUCAAGUUCUUCUCUUACAAAGCAACAACAUUGCAAAGACCACGGAUGAACUCCAACAGCUUUUCAAUUUAACAGAGUUAGAUUUUUCACAGAAUAAUUUUACUAGUAUCAGAGAUGUGGGACUCUCAAAUCUGACUCAGCUCACUACUUUACAUUUGGAGGAAAACCAGAUAACAGAGAUGACUGACUACUGUUUGCAGGACCUUUGCAAUCUCCAGGAACUAUACAUAAACCAUAACCAGAUUAGUAGCAUCUCUGCAAAUGCAUUCUCUGGCCUGAGGAACCUUUUAAGACUUCAUCUUAACUCUAACAAAUUAAAGGUUAUUGACAGUCGUUGGUUUGAUUCUACUUCUAACCUGGAGAUCCUUAUGAUUGGAGAAAAUCCAGUGAUUGGAAUACUAGAUAUGAACUUCAAGCCACUCUCAAAUUUAAGAAGUCUGGUUUUGGCAGGUAUGUACCUCACUGAUAUUCCUGGAAAUGCAUUAGUAGGCUUGGAUAGUCUUGAAAGUCUUUCCUUUUAUGAUAACAAAUUGGUCAAGGUUCCUCAGCUUGCUCUUGAGAAAGUUCCAAAUUUAAAAUUCCUUGACCUCAACAAAAACCCAAUUCACAAAAUCCAAGAAGGUGACUUUAAAAAUAUGCUGCGGUUGAAAGAACUUGGGAUCAAUAAUAUGGGAGAACUAGUUUCUGUUGAUAGGUAUGCACUGGACAACCUACCUGAACUUACGAAGCUUGAAGCUACCAACAAUCCAAAGUUGUCUUAUAUACAUCGUCUAGCAUUUCGUAAUGUUCCUGCUUUAGAAAGCCUGAUGCUGAACAACAAUGCUUUGAACGCAGUCUACCAAAAGACAGUGGAAUCCCUUCCAAAUCUGCGUGAGAUCAGUAUUCACAGUAAUCCACUCAGGUGUGACUGUGUCAUUCACUGGAUCAACUCAAACAAAACCAAUAUCCGUUUUAUGGAGCCUCUAUCAAUGUUUUGUGCUAUGCCACCUGAAUACAGAGGACAACAGGUGAAAGAAGUGUUAAUACAGGAUUCAAGUGAACAAUGUCUUCCAAUGAUUUCUCAUGACACUUUUCCAAAUCAUUUGAAUUUGGACAUUGGCAUGACAGUGUUUCUAGAUUGUCGAGCCAUGGCCGAACCCGAACCAGAAAUUUAUUGGGUAACUCCACUUGGAAAUAAAAUGACAGUUGAAAGUCUCUCAGACAAGUACAAGCUGAGUAGUGAAGGUACCCUGGAAAUCUCGAAUAUUCAGAUUGAAGACUCUGGAAGAUACACAUGUGUUGCUCAAAAUAUAGAAGGGGCUGAUACAAGAGUAGCUACUAUAAGAGUGAAUGGAACUCUUCUGGAUGGUACACAAGUGCUGAAAAUAUAUGUCAAGCAAGCUGAGUCUCAUUCGAUAUUAGUUUCUUGGAAGGUUAAUUCCAAUGUCAUGACCUCCAAUUUAAAAUGGUCCUCAGCCACUAUGAAGAUUGAUAACCCUCACAUUACAUACACCGCGAGGGUCCCAGUUGAUGUACAUGAAUAUAACCUCACUCAUUUGCAGCCAUCCACAGAUUACGAGGUCUGUCUAACUGUAUCAAAUAUCCAUCAGCAAACUCAAAAGUCUUGUGUUAAUGUUACAACAAAAAAUGCAGCUUUUGCCCUUGACAUUUCUGACCAAGAAACCAGUACCGCCCUUGCAGCUGUAAUGGGUUCAAUGUUUGCUGUGAUCAGCCUUGCGUCCAUCUCUGUUUAUAUUGCUAAAAGGUUUAAGAGAAAAAACUACCACCAUUCAUUGAAAAAGUAUAUGCAAAAGACCUCUUCAAUCCCACUGAAUGAGCUCUAUCCACCACUUAUUAAUCUCUGGGAAGGUGACAGUGAAAAAGACAAGGAUGGUUCUGCAGAGACCAAGCCAACCCAAGUUGACACAACCAGAAGCUAUUACAUGUGGUAACUCAGAGGAUAUUCUGCUUCUGGUAGUAAGGAGCACAAAGGCUUUUUUGCUUUAUUCUGCAAAAAUGAAAAUUUGAAGACUUUUGUAUUUUUUUGACUUUGCUAGUUUGUGGCAGAGUGGUGAGGACAGGUGGAUAUUUCAGAAUUUUUUAGUAUAGCGUAUCGCAAUUGUUUGACACAAAUGGCAGCUUCACCUAGCUUCCAAUUUACUUUUUUUUUUUUUUUUUUUUUAGUUGUGCUAAACAUAAUGCUGUUCUAACUACAGUACUGAAUAAAAUUAAUGACAGGCUGGGGUUACCUUGUGAUUUACAGCUAGCACAGCCCCUUUCUUCUGAAGCCAUCAGUAGAGAGUACAGUAUCCUGCAACAGCUAACAUACAGUUUUGAAAUGGCAUUGAACCAGUUUUAUAACACUCUGGUCUAAAGACUCAAACUGAGAAAAGAAGACUAGAUCUUCAAUGAUGUUAGUUGACUGUACUGUAAUGUUGUAUCAACUGAUUUGAAUGUUUGACUUUAAACAAUGACUUUUUUCUUUUUUGUAAUAGUUGAAAAGUGUUUCCCAAACUGGUAUCACCGCUUGUGUAGGAAAAGCCCCUUGUGGGCCGGGCCGGUUUGUUUACCUGCCACGUCCACAGGUGCAGCCGAUUGUGGCUCCCUCUGGCCGCAGUUUGCCACUGCAGGCCAAUGGAUGCUGCUGGAAGCAGCAGCCAGUAAGUCCCUCGGCCCAUGCCGCUUCCAGCAGCUCCCAUGGGCCUAGAGCAGCAAACCGUAGCCAGUGGGAGCCGCAAUCGGCUGGACCUGUGGACGCAGCAGGUAAACAAACCGGCCCGGCCCACCAGGGGCUUUCCCUACACAAGCAGUGACCCCAGCCUGAGAAACACUGACUUAGGUUUACCUAACAGGCAAUAGAAAUAUGUACAUCUGAUUUUUUUUUUUAAAUGUAACAAACUAAAUGUUAAUUAUCUUAUUCUUUUUAUUAUAUUUAGUAGACACUUUUAAAGAAUACUAGCGUUUUGUUGUGCUUAAUCCACCAACACAUGGUGUAUUUUGUUCUGAUUUUUUUUAAAACAGUCACAGUAAUGUAUUGUUUUUAGUUGCCACUAGUUUGACUGGUGAUCAUGUUUUAAUAUAAAUAUAUCCAAAUUAUUAUGUAACAUGGGGGGGGGUAGUCAAACUUCAACAGAUUUUCAGUUUUUGCUCUAAAGAAGAAUUAUCUAUUUUAACUGGGAUGUUUUUUCUGCACUGUUUUUCAAUAUUAAUAACAAAGUACUGUAGAGUACCUAAUCAGAAAGAUAUCAAGUAAAGUAAGGGCUGUAACUGUAUCACAUGGAAAAUCAAAACUGCCUCAGCGCAAGGGACUGGACUAAAGGACCUCUCGUGGUCUCUUCCAGCCCUAUAGUUCUAUGAUACAACUUAGGUACACAUCAAGAAAAUACACUGAAUGUGGCACAUUUUCCUUUCUGUACACAUUUUUCUUUAUACUAUAAGCUAAGUUAUACAUGAAACAAGCGUUUGGUUAUCACUGACAAGGAAGCAAGGCAACUCAACAUCACUAAGUCACUUAUAAUAGUUGAAUCCGCAAAUGUUUACCUAUUUAAAAAAAUCCAUGUUGUUUGGAUUUCUGUCUUUUAAAGGAUCAGUUAGGAUAUUUACAACUCUGAUACAAUAGCUCAUGUGGAAUGAGGGCUUAACACCCAAUACCUAUUUUAUAGACUUUCAUAUCUGUAGUUCAAAAUAUUUUACCAAAUUACAGAAUAGGUUAAUAUUGUACAAAAUUACAGAAAACGGUGUGAAUACAUGAAUAAUUUAGAGCUGGAGUUUCAGAAGCACUCAACCUUGGCCUUUCUACUCUGAUUAAAAUCUUUGACACGGACUGUUCAUUGUGAGGUCACAAAGGGGACAGGGUUUCUAAUGAAGCGUCAAUUCUAGUCAUGCCAGAUGCCAAGUGAGGAAGCUGAAAAUUUUGUGUGGCAUGUUAAUUUUCGACUACCCCUCUUCUCCUUACCCAAAAUGUGGCUAAGUGCUGACUCUGCAAUGGUCAUUAACUAUAUGCAGUUUGUGGGAUGUUUUUGCAUACUGAUAAGCUAUUUUUGAGUUAAUGAGCACAAAUAAAUUGUCUGAAUGCUGGAA